CCCAGGCUGAGGGCUCCGGCAUUCACAGGCCUGGCCUUCUUGCCUCUCUUUGGUAGCUCUGAGCUUGCUCUUCUCUCUCAGCCAUGAUUGCCAGACAGCAGGGUAUCCGGGCUGGGUCCCGGGGCUUUAGCAGUGGCUCAGCUAUCAUUGGUGGGGGCAAGAAGGUUGCCUUCAGCUCGGCCUCCGUGUCUGGGGGUGCAGGCCGCUGCUCAUCUGGGGGUUUUGGCAGCAGAAGCCUCUACAACUUCAGGGGGAACAAGAACAUCUCCUGUGGCAUGGCUGGGUCCCGCCAGGGUGCCGGCUUUGGGAGUGCUGGGGGCUUCAGCACUGGCGGCUUUGGUGCUGGUUUCGGUGUUGGCGGCUUCGGUGGUGGAUUUGGAGGCUCCUUCAGUGGUCGGGGUGGUCCUGGCUUCCCGGUGUGCCCCGCUGGAGGGAUUCAGGAGGUCACCAUCAACCAGAGUCUGCUGACCCCACUCAGCGUGGAGAUUGACCCCGAGAUCCAGAAAGUCCGGACGGAGGAGCGUGAGCAGAUCAAGACCCUCAACAACAAGUUCGCCUCCUUCAUCGACAAGGUGCGGUUCCUAGAGCAGCAGAAUAAGGUCUUGGAGACUAAAUGGAAGCUCCUCCAGCAGCAGACAACCACCACAUCCAGCAGAAACCUUGAUCCCUUCUUUGAAACCUACAUCAGUGCCCUGAGGAAGCAGAUAGAUGCCCUGGGCAAUGAAAAAUCUCGUCUGCAGUCGGAGCUGAAGAUGAUGCAGGACAGCGUGGAGGACUUCAAGACCAAGUAUGAAGAUGAGAUCAACAAACGCACAACUGCAGAGAAUGAUUUUGUGGUGCUCAAGAAGGACGUGGAUGCUGCCUACAUGAACAAGGUGGAGUUGGACGCCAAGGUGGACAGCCUUAAUGAUGAGAUCAACUUCCUGAGGGUCCUCUAUGAAGCGGAGCUGUCUCAGAUGCAGAGCCAUGUCAGUGACACCUCUGUGGUCCUGUCCAUGGACAACAACCGUGACUUGGACCUAGACAGUAUCAUCGCUGAGGUCCGUGCACAGUAUGAGGAGAUUGCCCAGAGGAGCAAAGCCGAGGUGGAGGCCUGGUAUCAGACCAAGGUCCAGCAGCUUCAGACCUCAGUGGACCAACAUGGGGACAAUCUGAAAAGCACCAAGAAUGAGAUCUCAGAGCUCAACCGGAUGAUCCAGAGGCUACGGGCAGAGAUUGAGAAUGUCAAGAAGCAGUGCCAGGCUCUGCAGACGUCUGUGGCUGAUGCAGAGCAGCGUGGGGAGGUGGCCCUCAAAGAUGCCUACAGCAAGCGGACAGAGCUUGAGGCUGCCCUGCAGAAGGCCAAAGAGGAGCUGGCCCGGAUGCUGCGCGAGUACCAGGAGCUCAUGAGCGUGAAGCUGGCCCUGGACAUUGAGAUCGCCACCUACCGCAAGCUGCUGGAGGGCGAGGAGUGCAGGAUGUCUGGAGAAUGCCAGAGUGCUGUGAGCAUCUCUGUAGUUGGUGGUAGUGUCAGCACUGGAGGCAUUGGCGGAGGAUUAAGCAUCGGCGGAGGAUUUGGCCUGGGCGGUGGUUUUGGCUCUGGCUCCGGAAGCGGCUUUGGGUUUAGUGGUGGCGUCAGCGGCAGUUCUGGUGGCAAGAUCAUCUCUUCUACUACCCUGACCAGAAGAUCCCAACUAUAAAGAAGAUGAGGUCCCCACAGGCCCCUGAGUCGGGCCCAGCCCAGCCCUUGUGUCUGCACUUCUUUACUUCACCUCCGCCUUCCCUUCCUGGUGCUUGUCUUACCAGGGUCACCUGCACUCUCCCCUGGGUUCUCUCCGCUCCGAGGUGCUCUUUGUGCCUGGGACAUGGAUUCUGUCCUCUUGGAAUUUGGUGACUGCUUCUCAACUUGGGCCUCAAGACCCAUGUGGAAUGAGAGCACUGUCGGCCUUCACUUCCCAUGGACAGAGGAGAAUAUGAUCAGGAGCUCCAUCUCUAGGACUGUCAGGGGUAUACAUGUCCCCAUCCCAGCCCAGGGCCGUCCCCCACCAGAUCCUGGAUAUCUGUCAACAUCACAAUCGAACUCAUUCUCCAUCACUUGGCAGCACCUGGCUCUGCAGGGUCAGGACAAGAGCUGCUCAGCGUUCCAUUCAGCUCUUCUCAUUCUUUCUGUCCAGCUUCAGGUGACUGUUUAAUAAAAUGCUUCUGUCAUUCAUUCUGA